AUGUCGAAAGCCCGUGAGCUCGUCUCCUCUGAAACCUCUUUUUACGACGAUUCCUCGUCUGAGGAAAUCGAAUCUGAGCCCGAACCGAUCCGGAAGUCUUCCGCACCGCCGGCUUCCGCCAGGAAACCCCAAACACCUUCUGCCACAAAGCCCGCCCCACCCGACGAGGAUUCUGGAUCUGAAUCCGAAUCCGAAUCCGAAUCUGAAUCUGAAUCUGACAAGAAGUCCAGAAAACAAUGUAAAGCGAAAGGCAAGGACAAGGCCGCCGCCUCCGCCUCCGCUUCACCGGCCAGAUCUACCAGGAAGAGAGCCUUCGAGGAGGUUAAGGGGACGGUGCCCACUGUCACCAAGAAGUCCAAGAACAGCAAGAAGGCUGAACCCAAAGCAUCCGAGAAGAAACAAUUGUUCCAGAGGAUAUGGAGCGAGGAGGACGAGAUUGCCGUCCUCAACGGAAAAAUUUUGAGUAAAAAUUUUCACAUUGACGUGGCGAGGAAGCAGCUGAGGGAUAAGAUGUCUAAGAUGAAAAAGAAGUACACAAACAACAAGCGGAAGGAGCAGGAAGGUAAAGGAAGAACUUUUACGAGCCAGCAUGAGCAUGAGCAGGAAGCCUACGAUCUGUCGGAGAAAGUGUGGGGGUCGAGAAAGCCAAUGGCAGUGGGGCUGAGAAAGAAAACAGUGUCAAAAAAGCCAAUGGCAGCGGGGCGGACACCAAUAAUAUUAAGGAGGACGAAGAAGCAUUGA